CAAAGGGAUGUGAACAAUUUCCCAAGAAACCGCCGGCCAAGGGACUCUAGGACCCAGAGGCUGCGCGCGACGCUCGCAGGCCCACGGUAUCCUUUUGAGCUCCGGAGCCACGGCGUGAGGUGUCGGAACAGACAACGGUUCGCGGCCCGCCAGGGGACAGUCACCACAGAGACGCAACUGGCACUGUGGGGAGCAAGCGGGCGGGCGGCGCACGGAGCGCGUAGGCGUGUCCCGGCUGGGCCGCGGUGUCCGCCCCACCCCACCACACCCCAGCCAGGUCGGCCGCCCCCUCCCAGAUCCAGCUCCAGAGCCGAGGCCGGUCGGCCGGGCCCGCGUGCCCUCGGCGGGCUGCGCAGAGCGCGGGAGUAGUUUGGGGCUGAGCAUGCUGGGAGCCCCUCAAGCAACGGCCGCUGCCGCCGCCGCCGCCGCCGCCGCCACCGCCGCGACACAGCCACAGCCACUGCGUCCGCCCCCGGUGAGCGCCGCUGACGCGCGGAGAUGAAAUUCCCGGCCUCAGUGCUGGCGUCCGUGUUCCUGUUCGUGGCCGAGACAACGGCGGCGCUCAGCCUGAGCAGCACCUACCGCUCAGGGGGGGACCGCAUGUGGCAGGCACUGACGUUGCUUUUCUCGCUACUGCCCUGCGCGCUGGUGCAGCUCACGCUCCUCUUCGUACACCGCGACCUCAGCCGCGACCGCCCGCUGGUACUGCUGUUGCACCUGCUGCAACUCGGGCCCCUUUUCAGGUGUUUUGAAGUCUUCUGCAUCUACUUUCAGUCAAGCAACAAUGAAGAGCCUUAUGUCAGUAUCACCAAGAAGAGGCAAAUGCCAAAAAAUGGCCUCUCAGAGGAGAUUGAGAAGGAGGUGGGCCAGGCAGAAGGCAAGCUAAUUACCCACAGAUCAGCAUUCAGCCGGGCAUCGGUGAUACAAGCUUUCUUGGGCUCAGCCCCCCAGCUGACCCUACAGCUGUACAUAAGCAUCAUACAGCAGGACGUCACUGUUGGAAGAAGUCUCCUCAUGACCAUAUCCCUGUUGUCCAUUGUGUAUGGAGCCUUGCGAUGUAACAUCCUAGCCAUCAAAAUCAAGUACGAUGAAUAUGAAGUCAAAGUGAAGCCUCUGGCAUACGUCUGUAUCUUCCUGUGGAGGAGCUUUGAGAUUGCCACUCGAGUUGUAGUCCUGGUCCUCUUUACCUCCAUCCUGAAGACCUGGGUGGUAGUUAUAAUACUCAUCAACUUCUUCAGCUUCUUCUUGUACCCCUGGAUCCUCUUCUGGUACAGUGGUUCCCCAUUCCCUGAGAACAUAGAGAAAGCCCUCAGUCGGGUGGGCACCACCAUUGUACUAUGCUUUCUAACUUUACUCUAUACUGGUAUCAACAUGUUCUGCUGGUCUGCUGUACAGUUGAAAAUAGACAGCCCUGACCUUAUCAGCAAGUCCCAUAAUUGGUACCAGUUACUGGUGUAUUACAUGAUGAGAUUCAUUGAGAAUGCCAUCCUCCUCCUCCUCUGGUAUCUUUUCAAGACUGACAUCUAUAUGUAUGUGUGCGCACCUCUGUUGGUUCUGCAGCUGCUCAUUGCAUACUGCACAGCCAUUCUCUUCAUGCUUGUGUUCUAUCAGUUCUUCCACCCUUGCAAAAAGCUCUUUUCCACCAGUGUUGUUGAAGGCUUUCAGAGGUGGGUGAGAUGUUUUUGCUGGGCCUGCAGGCAGCAAAAAUCCUGUGAGCCAAUAGGAAAGGCAGAUCUACAGUCAUCCAGAGAUAGAGAUGAGACACCUUCUAGCAGUAAAACAAGUCCUGAGCCUAGUCAGUUAAUGAAUGCCGAAGAUCUCUGCUCUGCUUAAUGGGACCCAAGGUCUCAGGGCACAGACAUAUUAUUUUCUGGGUUUGAUACCUGUUAUUCAUAUAAAUAAUUAGCCCUGCACAGGGAACAAGGCAGGAAGUUAGCUGUCAACUCCUUGUGAGCUGCUUCUCUUUAUAGAGCUCUUGAGUAUGUAGAACUGUAUGGGAAGAAGCCAGGGAAACCUCUGAGUGUUGAAGGGGCAGCCCAAGACAUCACAGUUCACAGGUAACCAUGUUAUGUCCUUUUCACUGACAAGUUACCCCUGAAAUCUGAGUUGUACUGGUUAAAUGCAUCAGGUGGAAUGAGGAGAGGGGCUUACCUGUUCUCUAGUUUUCCAGACUGUUGGUUUGGGUAACCUGAAGAUUUAUUAUCCCUGAACAUAAUUUUCACCCAAGAGCUGUCCUGGUGACCAAAAAACGUUACUAGAGUUUGCCAUCAAUAAUAUCAUUCCAGUCAGAGCUUUCAGGGAGGGCUAUUCAAGUUUGGUUUUUGAAUAGAUAGAUGUUUCAUAUUCAUCUCAUUAGGGCUUUUUGUACAUAGCCAACUGUAGCUACCCUGGCAUGCUGUCUCUAAUUGAUUCAAGAGUCUAGAUUUGGAGACUUUAUUCCUUAGCAUCCAUGGAUGCAGAAAUGAAUAAUAAAUUUGGCUAUGGAAGCCCUGGAAUUUUAGGAAAGUUGUGAUUCUUUGAUAUUUUGGUGAAAUUCUGGAUCAGGAGGGGUGUUAAAACAUCAAAAUUAUGGAGGCUUAUAUAAGUAGAAUUCUUACUAUCUUACUCCUCCUCCCCCAUCUUUGCCUGUCAGGAACAUUUUAGACAAGAGUUACCUUUGUUAAUUUAAGGGUUUGUUUUUUGUUUUUGUUUUUAUUUUUUUAGAAAACCUGAUAGAAAUCUCUCACCCAGUUCAGGUAUAUAGGGAAUUUUCCUUUUCAUUAUUUGAAGGAAGAGGGUUUUCCUCACCACCACCCAUAAUUAGAGAUUGACUUCAGAAACUUUUCUAAAUUAUAAAGACGAAUGACCAGAAAAUUUUUGUCUUUCAUUGAAUGAAAUUUGAUUUAGCAUAAUCAUGAGUUAAUUUGAUAAAGAUCUCCAGUUUUAUUCUUUGACACGCUUUAAUGUUCUAUAUAUUUUUUCCUUUAAUCUGAGACCCUAUUUGUUUCGUAAAAGAAGAUUGGUUAGCAUAUCCUCAAUUGUCUUGGAAAAAAUGCCUAGAUCUAGUACCAUUAUUUCUAUCAUUAAAAUCUUGAAAAUGAAUUACUUGAAAACAGGUGACCAUAAAGAUUAUACCAAUUUAGAAUGAAUAUUAGAGUAAAGUAUGAGAAAUUUACAAAAGGGCUCUAUUUAAGGACUCGAUUUUAUCAUAUGGAAUAGGGAUCCAUUCUCUAUGUUAACCUACAAAACAUAUUUAUCUGGCCAUUGCACUUCUGAUAAUUUUCAUUUUUAAUUCUUCAUGGUGUCAAAUUUUUAAGUAAUUUCAUGCACACAGGUGAAAAUGCAAUUUAGUAAUCAGUUUCUACUACAUUCAGAGGUCAAGGAAACUGCAUAUAUUCUUUCACAAGGCAUCUAUAUUGUUUAACAUUUAUAGAGUUCAUAGAAAUACAUCAAUAAGCUCCUAAACUAUACAGCCUCAAUUUCAGUUUUUCGCAUAUGAAAUGUUUUUUGUUUAUCAAUAUUUGUGGUUUAACUUUGUGGGGAUGCCCAGACAGUAGAUCAUUUUUUGUCUAUAUUUUACCAAAUAAGAAUAACACUCAGGCCCGGUGCGGUGGCUCAAGCCUGUAAUCCCAGCACUUUGGGAGGCCGAGGCGGGUGGAUCACGAGCUCAAGAGAUUGAGACCAUCCUGGUCAACAUGGUGAAACCCCGUCUCUACUAAUAAUACAAAAAAUUAGCUGGGCGUGGUGGCACGUGCCUGUAAUCCCAGCUACUCGGGAGGCUGAGGCAGGAGAAUUGCCUGAACCCAGGAGGCGGAGGUUGCAGUGAGCCGAGAUUGCACCAUUGCACUCCAGCCUGGGUAACGAGCGAAACUCCGUCUCAAAAAAAAAAAAAAAAAAAAGAAUAACACUCAAGACUAUGUUUUCCAUUCCAACACAUCACUUACCACUUUCACUAUUUUUAAUAGGCCUAAAAUAGUGAGCAUAUAUAAUCAAAAUGAUACUUCAUACAACAUAUACUUCCAUGCACUCUCCAUGUAAUCACAUAUAUGCAUAGAUACACAAUUGUAAUACAUAAAACACCCUUGAAAAUAUAUAAUGAUUUGGAGUAAAAUAAAACUACCAUGUUAACACAUCAUUUUUUUGUUUUUUCUAAUUAACAAAAGGACUCUAUAAAUGAUUAGGAGAGCAGUAAUGGAAUUCUUUAGUCAUUUCAAGUGUGUAUUUGUAUCACACCAGUUACUUGUGUUCAUUGACACCAAAUAUUUUCAAGCUUUUUGUCAGGCAUUCUUGCCUUGAGGUUUUGCAGUAGCAAGUGAUAGGGAUGAUAGUGCUCCCUUUUCACCUGAGAUGCCUUCAGCUCAUACCUUGGGAGUGAGGUGUGGGAGUAGCCACCAGCUUACCACUGACUAGGCACGUUAAGAAUUAGACAAGGAUGGAGAGACUGGUUUUUUCCAGUCUUGGCUUGGAAGCUUGUUUCAAAAACCAUUACAAAAUCUCAACCUUCAAAUACAUUUUAAAUCACUUUAAUUUAGAAUAUAGGUGAGCAACUUGAGUGAUCCCAAACCAAACUGACAGUGCUGGUUUGUCAGACACCCAGAGCUCACUUCACACAUUUAUAAGGACAGAGAUUUGGUAACUCAUUUGGGCAUUUGGUCAGUUUUAACCCCUGAUAUACAGGUAUUCCAGCUUUGGGGACAUGUAUGUCCAUUCACUUUUGGGGAGAGAUAUCACUACUUUCUUUCUGUGUGGUGAAAGCAUAAGCCAUGGUGAACUGAUAAUUUUUGUUUUUAAAUUAUUUAUAUUACUGAAUUGGCAAAAUUACAGUUCACACUUCAGAGCUACAUUGUCCUAUGGGCAUAAAACAAACCAGCAAAUUUUCUCAUGCAUUUGAAGUUAAAAUGUGUUUUUCAGUUAUAAUUUCAAUUUUUAAAUUUUUUGGUGCUUUGUCUAAUUAAUUACAUGCCAUAAUUUGUCAGAAUAGCUGCUUCAACUGAAUUGCUAUCAUUCGGCUGGAUGGGAGUGAACUAUGUCCUCAAAAUAUAUUGAAAUAAGUUUGUCAAACAUGUUUAGACUUUCUCUCAUUGCUGUAGACAGGCCAGUGUAGAGAUUGGCAUAUCCCUGUCCAGUCCUACAACUUAAUUCCUCUAUGCCUCAGUUUCCCCAUUAUACACUUGUCCAACCUACCUCAAAGGUUGUCAGAAAGAUCAAAUUAAAUAAUAGAUGUGAAAAUGCUUCGACAAUGUUUUUAAGUGCUAUGCAUAUUUAUAGAGUUGUUAUUAUAGUUAUUCAAAUCCAUAAAAAGGUUAUUAUUAUUUUUUUACUGUUUGAAAAGAAAUAUGUAGUGUCAUUCAUAGGAGUUCCUGAGUGGAUAUGUGAAUCUUUGGUCUUCUUGGCAGGUGCCCUUUCUCUUACCACCAGUUGCUUACAAAAAUUAGCACCCAAACACAUGGCACUUGGAGGAAAAAGACCCACUAAAUCUGAUAAAGUACUUUCUGGUGGCAAAUGAAUUUUUCAUUUUAGUAUAGUUUUCUAUAAAGCAUAUAACAACAUCUUUUGAUAAUUGUUCUUUACAACUUGAAUGCUGAUUCAAGGCAUUAAUUGGAUGUGAGUUUAAUCUUUUCAGCCUUGCAAAUGGGAAAAUAUACAUUAAAAUUCAUUGUCAAAUACAGCAUUUCUUUGGAAACCACCUUAAAACAUUAGUGCUAUGGUUAUGAGUGUAUGUGCCAGUACUUACCAUUGUGAAUAUGAGCUUUCAUUGACUGCUUCUCUGCAGUCAUUAAUGCUAAUAAAUAUUGUUAUGUUUCUUCAUAUAAUAAAUUAAUUUUUUAAUUUC